AGGCUGCUUUCUCCUCAUCUGCCCUGUAGCAGUCUUUGCCUGUCCCUCAGCCGCCGCCACCGCCACCGCCUCCACCUCUCGGGUUCCACUCCCCUAUCCUCGCCCGCCGCCGCUAUCACCCGGGAGACGGACCUCGAGCGCCGGCGGAAUCGGAGCCGGCUUCAUGGCAGCCGUGAAGGCGAACUUGGGGCCGUUGGUGGGGGCCGUUGAUCAGGGCACCAGCUCCACGCGUUUUCUGGUUUUCAAUUCAAAAACAGCUGAACUACUUAGUCAUCAUCAAGUGGAACUAGAGCAGAAGUUCCCUAAAGAAGGAUGGGUGGAACAAGAUCCUAAGGAGAUUCUGCAGUCUGUCUAUGAAUGUAUAGAAAGGACUUGUGAGAAACUUACUGAGUUGAAUAUUGACAUUUCUUCUAUCAAAGCCAUUGGUGUGAGCAAUCAGAGAGAAACUACUAUAAUUUGGGACAAAUACACUGGAGAACCCCUCUACAAUGCUGUUGUGUGGCUUGAUCUAAGAACCCAGGCUACAGUUGAAACUUUAAGUAAAAGAAUUCCAGGAAAUAAUAACUUUGUCAAGUCCAAGACUGGUCUUCCACUUAGCACUUACUUUAGUGCUGUGAAACUUCACUGGAUUUUAGGAAAUGUGAGAAAAGUUAAAAAAGCUGUUGAAGAAGAAAGAGCUCUUUUUGGUACUGUUGAUUCAUGGCUUAUCUGGAGUUUGACAGGAGGGCCUAAUGGAGGUGUCCAUUGUACAGAUGUAACAAAUGCCAGUAGGACAAUGCUUUUCAACAUUCAUUCUUUAGAAUGGGAUGUAGAACUAUGCGAGUUUUUUGAGAUUCCUAUGACAAUACUUCCAAAUAUCCGGAGUUCUUCUGAGAUCUAUGGUCUAAUGAAAAUCUCUCAUAGCCUGAAAGCGGGGGCCUUGGAAGGUGUGCCAUUAUCAGGGUGCUUGGGAGACCAAUCUGCUGCCUUAGUUGGACAAAUGUGUUUCCAAGAUGGACAGGCCAAAAAUACGGGAUCUGUUGCAAUAGCUGGUGCUGUUAUUCGUUGGCUAAGAGACAACCUUGGUAUUUUAAAAACUUCAGAGGAAAUUGAAAAACUUGCUAAAGAGGCGGGCACUUCUUAUGGCUGCUAUUUUGUUCCAGCAUUCUCGGGGUUAUAUGCACCGUACUGGGAGCCUAGUGCAAGAGGGAUUAUUUGUGGCCUUACUCAGUUCACCAGUAAACAGCAUAUUGCUUUUGCUGCAUUAGAAGCUGUUUGUUUCCAAACAAAAGAGAUUUUGGAUGCCAUGAAUAAAGACUGUGGAAUUCCACUCACCCAUUUGCAAGUAGAUGGAGGAAUGACCAACAAUAAAAUUCUCAUGCAACUUCAAGCAGAUAUUCUUUAUAUACCAGUAGUAAAGCCUUCGAUGCCUGAAACAACAGCACUGGGUGCUGCCAUGGCAGCAGGUUCUGCAGAAGGAGUUGGAGUCUGGAGUCUUGAACCUGAAGAUUUAUCAGCUGUCACAAUGGAAAGAUUUGAACCUCAGAUCAAUCCAGAAGAAAGUGAAAUUCGUUUUGCCAUUUGGAAAAAAGCUGUGCAGAAAUCAAUGGGCUGGGCCACAGGACAGUCUUCUCCAAAUGGUGACCCUAAUAUCUUCUGUAGUGUGCCAUUGGGCUUUUUUAUAGUGAGUAGCAUGGUAAUGUUAAUCGGAGCAAGGUACAUCUCAGGUAUUCCAUAAAUACCUGAAUAUAUUCCAUGGACUCCCUUGGAUGCAGUCUUUUUUUAUGUACCAAGAGAAUCUAGCAAUUCUUUAUCCUAUUCUGGUAUACUACCUAAUAGAACUUUAUUUUUAUUUAUAAACCACAUGCUGUAUGACCCAUGGUAUUCCUAUGGGUAAUCUUGCGGUUUGACUGAAAGAAAACAGCAGAAAGAACUAUAGAAACACAUAGUGUAUUUUUUAAAAACGUCAUCAGUUAAGGUUGGGCUGGUCCUUUAAGGAACUGAACAUCCUCGUUAUUUUUAUUAUCUUGCCUUCUUCCCCACCAGGAUCUAGGAACAACUAAGAUUCCAUUUGUGAUGACUUAUCAGCUUUUUCAAUUGUUGAUGAACUAGGAAUUUUAUACUCUGUGCUGCAAGUACUUAAUUAGGAUACUCCUUCUAUGCCACUUUUUAAAAAAAAAAGAAAAAAGGAAGGUGCAUUUUUGUCAUUGGUCCCCAAAGGGCCUCUUUCCUAUGUAAUAGGAAGGAUAAAGGUUGUAUAUUUCAACAAUCCUAAAUUCUAAAAAAGUGGAAAGUUUAAGAAUAGCAUAGUUUAUAUAUUUUCCUAUAAAUUAUUUCACCCUAACUGGAAUUCUUCAAUUACUUAAAUAGUCUCAUCAAUACAACUAAAACUACUUGUAUUUUUGCCUUGAUCGUGUAGGAAAGGACUUUUUUAUUCCUUUUUGUUUCCUUUCCUUUCACCUUACCUUUUGUGUAUAUCUCUGUGUGUGUGUGUGUGUGUUUAACUUUAAAUGCCCAUAAAUUGUACAUAUACAGUGUAGCACCUAAAAAUAAAGAGUAUGUUGUACUCCCUCAGUCAACAUGGGUUCAAGUUUAAGUGGACUACUAUGUACAGGAAUAUUUUAGGGAUAAUGACUAUCUACAUAUAGAAGAGUUGUUAUGUACAUUAAUCUCCAGGAGGUACUUUUUCUUGAAGAGCUAACAAGAGUUAUAAUUGAAAUAUAUAUUCCAUGUCAGCAAAUGAAAAUACACCCUAUUCAGAAUUCAACUAUGUGUCAUACUUUAUUACUUAGGUGUUGUAAUUACAUAAAUGCUGAACAAGUAUUGGUCCAAAUAAAGACUUUUUCUUUUAAACUCAAUUUUAGCUAUAUUGGGAAGCAUUAUUAAUUUUUAAAAACCUGAAGAGAAAAAAAUAAUUUGGGCAUAAAGUCAAAACUUUCAUUACAUCCAAACGUGUUAUUACCAGCUUCACAGAAUAUAAAAAUUUUUACUUUGGAAGACAGAAUUAUCCCUACUUAAUGUCUUUUAAAGGUUUCAUUAGCCUUUCUUGAAGCUAAUUAAAAUCUUCUUAAAAUUAAUUUUAACUGUGUUUCUUCUUUAAUGACAAUGAGAAAAUAUAGACAGUGCAUUUCCAUACAACACAUUUAAUUUAACUAUAUUUUUAUAAUCAAGUACAAUGAAGUCUAAAUAUGUGAUUUUAAAUAAUUUUCGUUAUUAAAAGCACUUUUCCUUCACUGAAUAUGUAUACAGAUUUUUGCAUGUUUGGGGAGAAGGAAGUAAACUUUAGACAAACCUAUGAUUCUUAAAUGUACUUUUUUGUGCAAAAUUUUUUUCUUGUAAAUAGUAUCUAAAAUAUUAAGUGAUAAUCUAAUAGGCAAGACUUCUUUUUUAUGUUUGUAUUGAGAUUAUUUGCAAAAUAGCAUAAAAAAGAAGCCAACCAAUAAAAUGUGAAUUUCUUUUUCACAAUAUUUUCUGUAUCUGAAUAUUGACUAGUUACUGGUGUGUGGCCAAUAUGUUUCCCAUUGUAAUUAGGUGAUCUUGAACAGUUACAACCCAUGUGAAAAAUUUUCUCAAGUUAGUUUACUUGUUGCUAAAUAGUACCUCUCAAUAAUUUCAUCAAUUGAAGCAGAAAACAAAGGUUUUGAAAAUCGAAUGUAGAAAUAAUUUCAUUAUCUUACCUUUUAAAAAUUGUUGGUACUCAUCUGUAAUUCUGAUCAUGCUAUUUUCCCCAUCUUUUUAACUUGUUACUUUGAUUGUAAUGAUUCUAGUUGACAGGUAAUAUAAUUUAUGCUAUUAUAAUAAGUUAUUGAAAUUAGCAUUUUGGGGAAAUGGGAAGAGGGAAAGAUACUUUAACACAGUUACAUUUCUGCCAAGGUAGGUUGAAUUAAUUGUAAAUAAUAAUGGAAAACACUGUUCAAAUUAUUUUUAGCAUCUUGUGAAUUUUUCUAUGAAUUACAUGAUUUAUAAUUUCUAUUUGAGAUUGUACACAAUGACAUCAAAAUAUGAUUAAUAAAUUUACUUUUAAAAAUUG